AUGAUUUUGAGUUUGUCCAAACGCUCAAUUUUGAUGGAGGAUUUGCUUUUUCAGUUUCCAUCUCAAACCUACCAGAAACAAAAGGUUCAACUAGAAAUUCAUACUUUUACUUUUGCGUUUGAUUAUUAAACCAUUAAAACCUAAAAACACUGUAACAAUAAACUUUUCCCUUUGUCUUUGUUUUUGCCAUUUAGUACCAAUUCUUGCGUGUGGUUGUGAAAAUUCAGCGGUUUACCUGUUUACUGAAAGAGAGUGCAAGGUUUGUUGUCUUUCAUUCGUAACGUUUUCUAGUUGAAAUGGGAAAAAUAUGCUGCCAUGUUUUGGUGAAGAACCUGAUAACGAUAUCUCGAACAUGCGCUGUGGUUUGUACCUGAACUGGUUUACGUCGAUGGUUUACAUGGUGGUCCAGUGUAGCUAGUAUGUGUCUGAACUAUACCUAAAAAUGAGUAGAACACUUUUAGCCACAGCAGUAUCCUCAAUAUUUUGAAAUGUGUUCAAUAUUUUUCGAGUAGUUCAGAGACAAACCAUCGGGCAGAUUGUUUGUUUAUAUUUUUAAUAAAACAAAUAAAUUUGGCGAUUAUUUAGUUUGUUCUUUCUUUGAAACUACAUGGCCACGAAGACUGGAUACGCGACGUGAACUUCGCUCAUUUAGGUAAAUAAUGCGUUGUGUUUUACCGCAGUGAUAUUUAGGAAACAGGAGAUUAAUACAAACAUGUUUUAGUUACACACUCAGAUUCAGCACUGAGAUUCUGCAGCCUGCGCGCAGACUAUAUAAUGACAUACCGUAUUUACUCGUUUGAGCGCCGCGGCGCUCUUUAAAUUUUCAGAGCUUCAGAUGCGACGCUCAUUCGGGGGCGGCGCUCUUUAAAAAAAAAAUUAUUUGUGAAUUAUAACAAGAACUUUUAACAAUGAAAUAAACAAGUAUUAAAUGUUUUCGUCACUAAAUGUCUCCAUUUUGACGGUGGAAAGUUUUUACACUGUUUAGUGCGGCGCUCAUUCGGGGGCGGCGCUCUUUAAAAAUAUUUGAUCUCAAAUGCGGCGCUUAUUCGGGGGCGGCGCUCAAUCGAGGGCGGCGCUCAAUCGAGUAAAUAUGGUAUGUCAUUAUAUAGUCUGCGCGCAGGCUACAGAUGGUGGUCAACCUGCAGUUAUCGGAGUGGGAAACUAAUGUUUUGAGGAAAAGUAAAUACAAUUUCUGGCUCCUGUCAGUGUCGACAUGUCUGCAGUUGGCCAUCUGAUGCUGUCGCUUAACGCUUACUGAAAUCCACCAAUCACAUUUCCAGAUGAUGAUGACGUAAUGUUAGCGAGUUGUUCCCAGGAUAAUUUCAUCCGAGUGUGGCGUAUAACUAAAGUCACUGAUCUCGUAGACGAGUCUGGAGUGAUUGAUGACAACAUGAAAAAUCUAGAGUUAACUUCAAAUAAGUUUUCUGUAAUAUCAGAAGGUGAGCGAUAAUAUUUGAGGAAAUUAAGUCCCAUUCACACUAUACGCUCAAUUUUGAUACCAUUUUUAUCCAUGUUCGGAUUUAUCCAUUUUUAUCCAUGUUCGUUUUGAUUUUUUCUUAGUGUGUGAAGAUGUGUCGUUGAAUUACUCGGCUGUCCUGGAAACGAUUUUAUCAGGACAUGAAGGAUGGAUUUAUAGUGUCUGUUGGCACCCUAAAAUCCGCCAAGGUAAAACAUUACUGCGUUUAGUUGCUUUACAUUCUUUCCAUGAGUUGUUUUGUGUAGUAUUUAGUCGAAUGAUGAUUUUAACUUUCAGACAACAAGUUUCAUCAACCGUUAUGCUUGAUGUCGUCAUCCAUGGACAAGACAAUUGUGAUUUGGAGGUUUCAUAGCGAGGCUGGAGUGUGGAUGGAUGACGUAAGUAGCUUCAUAAAAAUAAACCUACAGGUUCACUCAAAACGUCCAAAAUGUUUCCUCUUUCUCACGAUGAUGAGAACCACGGUAAAUCUUCGUUCUAGGUGCGUGUUGGUGAGGUGGGAGGAAACACUCUGGGCUUUUAUGGUGGGGUAUUUAACCCGACCGGUGAGAAGAUCUUAGCUCAUAGCUACCAAGGCUCUUUGCACAUGUGGAGGAAAAGCGAGAGUUCAGUAAGUUUGAUAUAUGUGCUGUUCAUAUAGGUAAUGUUCUGUUCGUCUUACAAUGUUGUUUUGUUCAGGAGUCGUGUUCAUGGGAAUCAGUGUCGACUGUCAGUGGUCAUUUUGCUCCUGUUCAGGUUGGGUGAAGAUUUCUAACAAACGUUAAAAAUCAUACAGAAAUACUCUUGCUUUAAAAUAUAAAAGUGGAGAAUAUCUCGUGUGUCUAAUACUUGAUGUAAAUACUUGAUUCAGGAUAUUGCUUGGGAUCCGGAGGGUGGAGAAUUUCUGAUAUCCCUGAGUUCUGAUCAAACAACCAGGAUUCAUGCGCCGUGGAGAAGGUCUGGGUACAAGGUAGGAAGACACACGUGACGAGCCAGAUGACAUCCUCGGUCAGCCGUGAGGCCCUGGGACCGAGGAUGGCCAGAUGAUGAUGGUCAGCUUCAAAAUUGAUCACUACUACAUAGAAUGAAAAGAAUCAUCAUUAUUUUCUCACUCUGGAAACUGCAGGUUGACCAUCAUCUGCUGCACGAUAGUGCUUAGUGAGACUCGCUAGUCCAGCGUUUAAUAUUAUUAUUUUUCUGCUAGACAACAUGGCAUGAGAUUGCUCGUCCCCAGGUCCACGGCUACAAUAUGCAAUGUCUGGCGAUGAUCUCAAGAUAUAGUUUCGCAUCUGGAGCAGAUGAAAAGGUAAACAUUGUACUGUUUUUCUGUUCAUUUUUUUCUUUGUACAAAAAAAUGAGGUGAUGAUGACACAGUAGUUAGGACUCUUCCAAGAAUGACAGGUUUCCCUGUAGUAACGCUAGAAAGAAAUGAACAACAAUAGGAGGUAUCCACGCAGUGGAAAUGAAAUUAGUUGGAAUUUAAAAUAAUUUUAUUUUUAUUUUGUGAAGGUCAUUCGUUUGUUUGAAGCUCCCAGAAGUUUUGUGGACAUGUUUGCUUUCCUAUCUCAGAUUUCUGAUGAAAAUGUAAGAAGUAAAAUAAUUUAAUUUUAUAUUGCUAAAAAUUCUGAAAUGGUGAACAAUGUUGUGUCUCUUUUGCAGGUAGUUGAUUACAAGCCGCUUGGAGCCAGUGUCCCAGUUUUGGGUCUUUCUAAUAAAGCUGUAUUUGAUGGUUAGUUUUGUUAUUUAGUAGGAAACAAAAUACGACACAUAGUACAGUUGCUUGUCCGUCGAAGAGUACCUUGUGAAUACGUUAAAUUACGUUUAUCCUUUCGACAGAUGAUCUUAAAAAUUUGAAAGAUGAUUUGAAGGAUCCACAACGACCAAUGAAAGCAUCAGCAUUUGCGAGCGAAGAACCAGCACCCUUUUCACCUUUCAUUCCUAAAGGUAGAUUUCAGAAUGUAGUGAAUAAUUUAAAAAAAUUUUUUUUUGGAAGCUAACUGCUAACUUUGUGGGAAUGAAAUGAACGAAAACUUAGCUCUUGCUUUAUUUUCUAGAGCCACCAACAGAAAAUAAUUUGAUGCAAAGCACGCUUUGGCCCGAAACACAAAAACUGUAAGUUCAGUUUUAUUAAUUGCACUAAAUUGAAGCGACUGAUUAGCGCGAAAUAGAUUGCAAUGUUGUGAACUGUAAACUGUAAAUAAUUCUUUAUAUUUUGACUAUUUUGUAUCACGGCAUGUUAAACAUCUAAUUGAUAAAUGUUUCCUAAUUUGAAGGUGCCCAACACUUUAUAAGCUUUUAUAGCUUCUUGUUGGGUUUCCCUCUACCUUUUACCUGCUGUGAAUUCCAGUUUUUCUUUUGUCAUCAAGGUACGGUCAUGGAUACGAAAUAUUCUGCAUGGCUUACGAACCACAUUCUCACUUGCUAGCUUCUGCGUGUAAGGUAUGUGAAACAGAAGUUGUAAUUACGGGACAAGCGCUUAUCUUAGUUUCUCUGAGAUUCAGAGGCAUCCCCCAACCUCGUACCCAGGGAUUUUGCGCUUGAGACAUCCCCUGGACAGCGGUUGACAUCCUAAACCUUGAUUGAAAUUUCCAGGCGUCUAAAGCGGAUCACGCCAGCAUAUUGUUGUGGGAUACGUUGUCAUGGAAACAAGUUGGCUCUCUCCAAGGUCAUGCGCUCACUAUCACUCAGAUGGAAUUCUCACAUUCUGGGAAAUAUUUAUUGUCUGUGUCACGUGACAGAACGUGGUGUUUCUUUGAAAGAAUGGAAGAAGAAGACGCCAGUAAGAGAUGUUUAUUUUUAUUUUUUAAUCUUUAUAUCCUGUUUUGCUCGCUUCUAAACUGUUCUCCCUAGGGGUCCAGAGAGCCACUCGUGUUAAUCCAGUGUUAUUACAGGAGGAAACCUAAACUAAACUAACUUUAUUGAUACUGGAUAGUGAUAGCUCUAACGGUUCUAAACUGUUUUCCCUGGAGAUCCAGCAAGGAAUGCCCCUUAUUGAUCAAAAGUGUUGAAACAUAAGUACCAACGAGGAUGGCUGUGGUACAGUGAAACUCUUCUUAUUUUUUGUUGAGGUGGAUACAGAUUAUCUGCAAAAUACGACAAGAAAAGCAAAAUAAUAAGCAGAGUCAUUUGGUCAUGUUCAUGGACUGUUGAUGACAACUACUUUCUUACUGCUUCCAGAGACAAAAAGGUGACUUGUCUAUAACUUCGAUAUUUAGUACCCAGCUCUAAACUGUUCUCCCUUGAGGUUUAAUUAAUAGCGACCACUCAGUGUUGCUACAACAGGAAACCAAAACUAUACUAAUUUCUUGAUUGUCCCAUUUUCUCAUCUAUUUUCUGAAGGUCGUAGUUUGGGGCCGAGAUGAAAAUAAAAAGGAUUGGGUCCAAAUAGGUAACCCUUUGGACGCCGGUGAAGCUGUGACAGCGGUUGCUGUGUCAAUGAAUACUUCAUGUCUGCCAUGGUAAGUGUUUUGAUCAGAAUGUUCCAUUGUCUUUUCAUUCUUUGAAAACCCUGUGUUCUCUAUUCCAUCCAAUCAUUGGUUGUUUUGAUUUACUGUUAAUAUUUAUAGAACUGCGUGGUAUACAUUUAGACAUUAAUUAAUUAAAUUUCUGUUUAUAAUUUGUACACAGUUAUCUUGUGGCCAUAGGAACCGAAUCAGGUGAAAUACGUUUAUAUAAUUGGAGCCUUUCAUAUGGCUGGAAAAAUAUUACUGCUGAAAAGUAUCCUUUAUAAUUAGUCGAAGCAAUUAUAAUUGAUUAUCAUUGAGUUGAGCCUGCGCUGUACUGAUGGUCAAGGAGUCUUGCUCUUUACGAGUUAGGCUCAGCGGAUGAGACAGGGUAAUAUAGAGUUAGGGUGGGCAUUCAUAAGCAGGGAGACAUGAAUCUAUAACCUAAAUUUUCAUAGAAUUGUAGUCUGUUCUCUCCUGCGACGUUUUUCUACCAAAACCUAUUCCUUCCAGAAGUUCAGAGUGAACCUUUAACUCUGUUACGUUUGAGCUGUGUCCUUCACAAUCAGCAGAUUAAAGAUUAUUCUUUAUUUAUUUCUACCUUAACUGCACAUGUAACAACAGAAUUGGUCAUAGAGGAACAGUGACAAAACUACGGUGGCGACCUGGUGAUAACUCGCUAGAUCUUGCCAGCUCUGGCACUGAUAACUGUGUCAAAAUUUCCCAAAUCAGAUUGCAAUAAAACUCCAAGAAAACGCCAAGAAGGUAAUUAUCCACAAAGGUUUCUGCCAUUGUUUGGAUCUGAACUACCUAAGAAGGCAAAAACAGAUAAUUACAGUGAAUGUUAUUUCGACAGGAAAUCUAAUAACUUCAUAUGCUACUUAAGCAUGUCCAUGAGUUUUAUCUGCUGUUGCGGGUAUUUUGCAUUUCUUUAUUUUUAGUAGAGUUAAGUUCUGCUGCUGCAUCACCUUGA